AUGUUAUGGUGGAAACAACUUGAGUGUGCACAAGAAAACGUUAUGAUGAUAGAACAAGAGGAACAGAGAAGAGAAUACGUUGAUAACACGACGCUCACUUUAACGUUACCCACUAGGGAUCCCGUAUUGCAAGAUAAUUUAUUGAUAGCAAAUAUAGAUCAAGUGAAAACUUUGCAAGCUACUCUUUUUCCCAUUUGUAACAAAGGAACAUUUAUAUCUAACUUUCUUCAAAAUAACAUAAAAACUAAUCAAUUAGAAAUAAACACUGACAUCAAGACUUUCAAAACAACAGCCAAAUUGAAAGAGCCACGAGAUUUAUUUGCGCUUCCAAAAGAACUUGAUUGCCCACAGCAGGCACCACGUUGGCCAUCUGAAUGCCAAGUUGUAGAGGAAAGAAUUCAGCAUAUUAUGUGGAGUCCUGCAUCACCAGAGCCAUAUUACGUUUCAACUGGUAAAGAACUUAAGCCUCAACCGGUCGGUGAAGAAGCAGGAACAGUGAUUUUUCAAUACUAUCCUAUGAGUGCUGUGAAUUAUUUUAGUCGGUCGUCUGUGGGUGGAUCUCGACUAUAUUUAUCGGCAUGUACGACUGCUGGGGGUGAAGAUGAAUUACGUUUUGAAUCACGUUUUGAAAGUGGAAAUUUAGCCAAAGCAAUUAAAAUAACGUCUGCUUACUACGAGCUACACCUCCGUACUGAUCUCUAUACUAAUAGACAUAUGCAAUGGUUCUAUUUUAGAGUGUCUAACACUAGAAAGCAAAUGAUGUACAGGUUUUCAAUAGUUAAUUUAACUAAGCCUGAAAGUCUGUAUAAUGAAGGCAUGCGACCUUUAAUGUAUUCUACGAAGGACGCACAAUUGCAUUCGAUCGGUUGGAGACGUUGCGGUGAAAAUAUCGCCUAUUAUAAGAACGAUUCUACGUGCGAAGAAGAAGAACAGAGUCCAAGUUACACGCUGACAUUUAAUUUAGAAUUUCCGCAUACAGACGAUGCUGUAUAUAUUGCACAUUGUUAUCCAUACACAUAUUCGGAUUUACAGGAAUAUCUUUCUAGAUUACAAGCACAUCCAGUCAAAUCGACGUAUUCAAAACUAAGACUUCUAUGUCGAACUCUAGCUGGUAACAAUGUAUAUUAUCUGACCAUAACUGCACCUAACCUUAACGAAAUGGAACCAAAGAAGAAAAAAGCUGUAAUUAUAACGGCUAGAGUUCAUCCCGGCGAAUCGCCUUCAUCCUGGAUGAUGAAAGGUUUCAUGGACUAUUUAACCGGAGACUCAAAUCAAGCUCGAGAAUUAAGGGAAAAAUUUAUUUUUAAACUAGUGCCAAUGCUUAAUCCUGACGGUGUUAUUGUUGGUAACAAUCGUUGUUCGCUAACUGGAAAAGACUUAAAUAGGCAAUACAGAACUGUCAUAAGAGAAACAUAUCCUCCCGUGUGGCAUACAAAAGUAAUGAUAAGAAGGUUACAGGAAGAAUGCGGAGUGGCAAUGUAUGUAGACUUACAUGCACAUUCAAGAAAACAUAAUAUCUUUAUUUAUGGAUGUGAAAGCCGAAAAAACUCAGAUAAACGUUUACAAGAACAAGUAUUCCCUUUAAUGCUACAUAAGAAUGCAGCAGACAAGUUUUCAUUUGAAAAUUGCAAAUUCAGAAUACAACGUAGUAAAGAAGGAACUGCUCGAGUUGUAAUAUGGAUGUUAGGAGUGGCCAAUAGUUACACCAUGGAAGCUUCAUUCGGAGGAUCAGAAUUGGGUAGUAGAAUGUCAACGCAUUUCUCCGCUCAAGACUACGAGAGUCUUGGGCGUACAUUUUGCGAAACUUUACUGGACUUUUACGAUGAGGAUCCUAGCAAAGAAAGAUUAAGAACAAAAAUUGUUACACGCUUGUUAAAAGAAGGCUCUAAUGCGGACGAGCCAACAAAUAUUGAUCUUUCUGAUUAUUCAAGUGACGAAGGCGAUACAUCCAGCAGUAGUUCUGAAGCUUGUGUUCCCAGAGAAACUUCAACCAUUGCACAACUCGCACCACCACCGUCCCCAAUUUUGCCAGAUAUCAAUAGAAAUAUAAUUGACAAACCCCGGCGACAAAGGCAAAUAUUGGAGAAAAUAAACAAAACUGAGAAGAAAAAAACAAAGAGAGAAACAUUACAGGUAUCAAGGGCUACGAUAGACUUAACAUCGGAUGCGAUGACCGAUGCAUCAUCUGAUUGUGAUUCAUUUGAAGAAAAUCUCAGUCCUAUAAGAAGAGUUCGUAAACAUUUACAUUCGUCCUCGAAAAUGAAACCGAGAAGAAAGAAAAAAAUGCCCCCUGAAUUAAAAAUAUUUCCAGCACCAACUAGUGAUUCAACAUUUAAUUCUGACCGUGAGAAAAAACCUUCGAAAUCUAGAAGACCAAGAAGUGUCUCAAUGGUAACUGAACCAUUUAACAAGUCACGGUUAAAUCCUGCUUCAUGGCAUCAGUUUCAACGUUUACCACCCCCUAAAUAUUUAUCUGAAAUUAAAGGCAGAAAUAUGAACCCAUCAGAACUACAAGUAAAACUAAGUACUUUAAGGAAAAAUGUUUGGACUGGGGUUCAAGAUGAGGAAAAAGGUCCACUGUCAUGGGGAAUAUCCAGCUUCGCCAUGAACUCUUAUUUCACAGACAGUGAAGCUUUACUUAGGUAUUUAUUUCUUAAUAGAUCUUGUUCAAAGAAAUUGGAAGAAUUAGAGGGUGAAAAAAGAAAACACAAAGACGAUAAAAAGAAAAAGAAAUUUAAAUCAAAGAAAGUUUUAGUUAAAGUGCCAACUUCAGAUGAAAUAAUUGAACCAAAUAGUAAAAUACCUAAAACAAAUAAAAAGAAAGGAAAGUUAAAACAUACCAAAUCAGAUAUCUCCUCACUUAUAAACAAUACAAGUUUUACAGAUAUACCCAGGAAUGCACCACCUUUACCACAAAAUAAGAUUCCUAAGUCAACCUUUAGAAAAAGUGCUUUUGUAGCGACAGCUAUUCAAAGUAAAAAGUCUAUUCAAAAAACAAUUCAAAAUGUAGAAUCUGACAACUCUGAUUCUGAUGAAUCUAUUCGUACAACAAAAAAAGUCAAGAAAAAGUCCAAAUUUAAUAAAAAUAAAUUGCAAAAAAAUAUAACAGAGACUAAAAUCAAGAAUUAA